GGAGGCUGAGACUCAAGUUGGACUGUGUGGAGUAAAAAACUCGCCUACACGCAGUCAAGAGGGGCCCUCGGUGAUGCCUAUCCGACACUGACUGAUCACUGCUCAUCAGGACUGAUCACCGGGAGACCCUACGCGCUGCGUCCCCCGGCCCGCUCGGAGAAACCAGACCAGUGUCCCCCCCCCUCUCUGCUCUCCAGUAGGAAGAGGUCAAGAUGUCCCAGAGGAGAGGUCAGAUGAAGUCCAUCCUCCUGUCUUCAUUGCUGGUCUGCUGCAUGUUCUCGGCUGGUGCAGAGUACGCCAGCUGUGGAGAGUUUGAGUUCUUCAACCAGACCAGUAACAGCUGCCAGGCCUGCCCUCAGUGCCAGCCGGGACAGGAACCAUAUAUGAACUGUGGCUACGGUGUGAAGGAUGAGGACUUUGCCUGCGUGCCGUGCCCACAGGGGAAAUAUUCCAAAGGGAAGUAUGAGAUCUGCAGACGCCAUAAAGACUGCGACGCCCUCUACCGGGCCACAGUGCUCGUACCUGGAACCCCGGACAGCGACGCAGAGUGUGGGUCCUGUUUACCAGGGUAUUACAUCCUGGAGAACCGACCCCGGAACCUGUAUGGCAAGGUCUGCCACUCCUGCCAGAACGCACCACGCAACACCAAAGAAUGCAUGCGGACCAAUACCGUGGCAUCAGGGAAAGCUUCAAGUGACCCUGGCAGCACCACUGUAUUCCCUCAUCCAGAGAAAGAUGCCACAGGGCAGGGUCACCUAGCGACGGCUCUCAUCAUUGCCAUGUCAACCAUCUUCAUCAUGGCCAUCGCCAUUGUACUCAUCAUCAUGUUCUACAUCUUGAAGGCCAAGCCAAGUGGCCAGGCGUGUUGCUCCGGACAAGUGGUGAAGGCAGUGGAGGCCCAGACCAACAAACAGGAAGACAAGAAAGAUGUCCCUGAUAAUGUGGUGAUCUACUCAGAGAAAGACGAGUUCGACAAACUCAAAGCUCCCCCUCAGAAGGCGGUUAAAAGUGAGAACGACGCAUCAUCAGAGAAUGAGCAGCUGUUGAGCCGCAGCAUUGACAGCGAUGAGGAGGCGGCGUCGGACAAGCAGGGAUCGGCCGAGACCAACAACCCCAACCCCAACCUGUGCCUCCUCAACCUGGGCAACAAGCCCGACCUCUGCCUGCUCUCCCUGGGGCUCCUGGCCCGCGACCGCACAUCCAAUGGGACCCCCGCCAUCGCUGCCAGCUCCGCCAAUAACAUCCCCAAUCCUAACCACAUCGGCAAUGCCAACCAGAUCGCCAACACCAACCACAUCACCAAUGCAAAUUCCAUCAACAACAACAACAAAACCACAGGGAUUCUACAGAGCCGAAGGAAAAAGAUCCUGGAUCUGUACGCCAGAGCCUGCAGUGUGGCAGAGGGCCUGAGCCCCACAGAGCUUCCCUUCGACUGCCUGGAGAAGGCCAGCCGGAUGCUCAGCUCCUCCUACAGCAGCGAGGCGGCCGUGGUGAAAACAUGGAGGCACCUGGCUGAGAGCUUCGGCCUGAAGCGCGACGAGAUCGGCGGCAUGAGCGACGGCCUGCAGCUCUUCGAGAGGGUGAGCACGGCGGGCUACAGCAUCCCCGACCUCCUGACCCGCCUGGUGCAGAUCGAGAGGUUGGACGCCGUGGAGUCGCUGUGCUCGGACGUGCUGGGCUGCAGCGAGAUGGUGGCGGCGGCGGCGGCGGCCGGUGUGGGACGGCAGGGCAUCGGCAGCAUUCACAGCCAGCUGACCUGCCCAUCCCCACCCCCCUGCCCAUCCCCACGCUGCGCCAGCGUCUGAAUUUAGCGUAGUAGAGACUUGGACACAGUAUGUGUAGGGACAAAUAUCAUGCUGAAGAGGCGGACAGCACAUAUAUAUACAUACACCUUACCCCCAUCACAUGAAGAAUGUCAGUGGACCUCCCCAAGCCUCGCCCCGUCUUUCCCUCUAUGUUCUCUCUCUGUCAAGAAGAAAAUCGUCUGAACCACCUUCUACGGUUUUAGCUUUCACUUUCUCAGUUGCUAAGGAGUGUGAGAAAGACCUCAGACCUCGGAUUCAGAUUAUUUUGUAGCUCUUAUUAUUGUGUUGUCAAAAAGAAAAUAAUCUGAACUGCAUUCUGCAAUCUUAGAUUUCCAUCUUCCUCUCUUCCAAGGGUGUCUGAGAGAAAAAAGGUGAAUGAACAAUGCGCUGGACGCCACAGUUAAAGAUUUUACAGUGUAUAAUUUCAACACUUUGAUACAGAAUUUAAUAUGCAGUACUCAACUGAAAAUCUAUAGGAGGCAUAUCAAAUUAGUGCGUCAAUGGACAUGACCUCUAAGCAGCUCCUCUUCGGCAGUAGCGGUUAAGUGCCUUGCUUAAGGGUAUACCAGGCAUUAAUGGGAAGCAUGAGGAACACGUUCUCUCUGCUUUGGACGUAAACCCUCUGGUUCAUCACCACUGCUGUCACUAGACGGUGGUGUCUGAAAAGAAAAAGACUUGGUUUGAUGACAGUUAACGUUCAAGAUUGUGCCUUAUGCUUUAUUCAUGUCACAUGGGAAAGGCACAAGCUGGAUACAAGCUUCCUUCUUGAAACUAUCUUUCACCCCCGCUUUCACUACUUGGAAAUUUCUGGUUUUACGAAUUUCCUGAGUAGUGAUCUUAUCAAACAAUGAAAUACUUAAAGCCAAGUGUGAAGAGUUUAAUUUCAAAUAGAAAGAACAAAAUUAACAAUUUUCAUCUUGUAAGAAACGAAUGAAUAUGAUCACAUGCCUUAAAUGGCAAGAGAGUGCCGGAUUGUUUAUUUGUGAAUGAUUUUACAAUGUUUGGUUUGCUGUAAAACAUGAAGUCAAAUGUUUCAUCACUGCGCGUGUGUGUUAGGCUGAGGUUACACUACACAACUUUUCCCCCAGUUAUAGGCCUGAUCCAUAAUCAAGCCGAGUUAGGGCUAGUCAGCACAAGUCUGCAGGCUGCUGGUCCAGUCGGGGUGGCCAGUUGGC